CCUAUUAUUAAAAAAGUAUUCGCGUUUAACUGAUAAAUAAAAAAUAUUUUUAAUUACUUUUUUUUUCUUUUGCAAAUGAAGUGUGAUCGUAGCUUAAACUAAUGUAUCCUAGUCGGAACAGAUAAUGGUGGUGGGGGUAGAUACAGAUAUGUCCAGACUUUUUAGAGAGACGUUAGAUUAUUUGCAUAAAUGUAUUUUCUGAAAAUGUGAAGUUAUCGUUAUCGUUCUGAAAUUUCAAAGUUCUAUUUUAUUUUCUAAACAAAGUGUUAUCAAGUGCAUUGACAGGCCUUUAAAAUAAAAAUCCAUAAUAAUGUAAUGCAUGUAAAUAUUUGGAAAUGUUAACAAAUCGUGGGAGAGAGAGAGUUAUAAGAGAACUUGAAUCUUUGAAGCAUAUUUUAGAUAAUGGAGUGUAAUAACCAGUGUUCAUGUUUACAAUCAUUAAGAGUCAUUGAUACAAUUUGUAACAAGAAAAAAAGAUUGCAUCAAAGGCUGAAUUCAUUUAAGAGUAAUUAAAAAAAAAAAAAUAAUUUCGAGUUGAGACAAAAUGUUAAAGACGAAAAAUAAAGUAGGUGAACUUUUAAGGAAAAAUUACUCGACUACAUAAAGAAAUGGAUGAGAUUCGUGGUUUACAUGCGAGUCGUCUCUCACAAAUAUCAGAUCCAAUAACUAGAAUAACUUCGGAUUUUGGCUCAAAUUCAGCGCCAUGCAGUCCACGUCUUCGUGUUCGAGUUCACGAAUCUUCUGGUUCACCGGAUGACAAUGGUGGUGGUGGUGGUGGUCGGGGUGGAAUAUCCUCAGGUGAAUCCGAUGGAUCUCGAAGUGGAGGAGGACGAUCCGAUUUCAAUGUGAUUGGUUCCGAGAGUCCUCGAUUUCAUUCACGAAGAAUUUGUCAAGCCCCAGUGCCACCGCCACGACCACGAAAUAAAGAUCUUAAUGUAUCACCACGUGAUUCGCCAUAUGUUAAUGUUCAAAAUCUUCUCUUCCAUAAAAAUGAAAAUUCAACGCAAGCCGCACGAAAUGCCGGUUACGUUGAAUUAAAAGACAGCAGUAAUAGUAGUAGCAGUAAUAGUAGCAAUUGUGGGAGAUCAUUUAAAUGUAGUCCCUAUACAUUUACAUCUGAAUCAAGUGGUCAAGUUGAAUAUGCGGAUAAACGAUUAUUUGAUUUACAAACUAAUUUUGGACAAAAAUCAUUUGAAAGUUGUAAAUCAGGUGAUUUUAGUUUAAAUUCACCAUACGAUGUUGCAUCGUCGUCAUCAUCAUCAUCAACACCACGUGGUGGAAAUUUUGAACGAUCAUUUUCAUUUAGUAAUAAAAAACAUCACGAUGCAACGAGUCAACUUAUUUAUUCGGGAGAUAAUCAAUUAUUUGUUGAUAAAACAAUACCGUCAAGUGCCAGUAUAAUGGAUGGUAAAAAGGAAUCCAAUUUUGUUUAUAGUGCCUCAAAAAGCUUUGAUGGAUUUUCAAAUACCGUUGAAGAAUUUAAUUGGCAGGAGAGAUGUUUGGAACUUCAAUUAGAACUUCAUAGAAGUCGAAAUCAAGCGACGAGAAUUCGUGAUAUGCUACGAGAAAAGCUCUCCGAACUUGAGCAGCGAGUCUUGGAAGCUGAAAGCAGAGCUGAUGAUGCUGAAGAUAAGGUGCGCAUGAUGGAGGAACGCUUAGUAAAAGGUGAAUAUUGCCUAAGUGCUUCAAGAGUUGGUUCUCCUCCACAUUCAUUGCCAUCUACUUCAGCCUCUCAAAGUGAUACAAUCGAAGACGUUCAUUGCGCGUGUAUAUCGAAAUUGGAGACACAGGUAGAAGAACAGAGACAAUUACGUUUGCAAGACGCACGACAAGUUGAAGCAAAAGCCGCAAGAAUAAAAGAAUGGGUCACAAAUAAACUUCGUGAACUUGAACAACAAAAUCAACAUCUCCGAGAACAAAACAAUAAAUGCAAUCAACAAUUGGAAUUAUUACGAAAUCAUAUUACCAAUAUUGGACUGAGACCACCUAUUUCUUCGAGGGGAUCAUUGUCUCUUGAAGUUGAUCCUAUGCUACGUAGACAGUCGGAAAAUCUUGAAGAAUCAUCGCAAACUGUACCGGAAGAUAUUCAAAACGUGUCUGAGUCACAAACUGGUAUAAGACACAGAAGACAUUUAUCGGCUUGUGGAAAUAUUCAAGGUGUAAUUAAUACCAGUAAUAUGGAUUCAAGUUUAUUAUCCGAGGAGCUGGCAGCAGCGGUAGAAAAUUUGGUAAUGUUACCAAGUAUGACUGGUGUUUCUGAUACAAGUAGAAACAGUAAUUCGGAAGCAAUUCAUGAUUAUGCUGAAAUAUACACUCCAAGUAGAGAAGGAAUUAAUUGGAAUCAACCCACGAGUCAAGAUCCAAGACCACCUACGCCUCCGCUUCACAGGUUUCCUAGUUGGGAGGCAAAAAUUUAUCAAAUUGCAGAUGGUGGAUUAGGUAUUGGUCCUCCUACCAAUGAAGAGUCAGCACCAUCGACAACGACAAAUACAAAUUCCUCGAAGUAUUCACAAGCAAUGGGUCAUAAUUUGGCAGCACACAAUUCUCAAGGAUAUUGUGAUAUAUCGGUUCCGGUUUAUGCAACCGUUAAAGGUCGCGCGAGUCAAAUUAGAUCGAUUCCUUUUGGCGAUAGUUCUGAUGAUAGUUCUGAUGGUGAGGAUCAUCCAAAUCAAUUAGAAUCAAACACAAGGAUAACGAAUAGUUCAUCUGACAAUACGGAUUCAUCGCUUGCAAGUAGUAGUAGCCCAUCGAAAAGUGUUAAAACAACGAGUAGUUUGAGUCCCGCGAAAAGAAGUUCAAAUGGUUCUCCAAGCAAAAGUGUCAAGCGUGAUACAUCUUUGGAAUCUGGUUUAUCUGAAGAUUAUGCAAUUCCACCCGACGCUCUCAGUUUAACAUCACUGGAGUCUAGUAUUCCUAAUUUAUUAAUGCGAGUCACCGGCGACAGUCCAAAACGACAGGAAUCCUUAGAGAAAGCCGGACAAUUGGCUAAACUUGGUGGAAAAUUGAAAACAUGGCGAAAACGUUGGUUUGUGCUGAAAAAUGGUGUAUUAACGUAUUGGAAGAGUCAAAAUGAUAUUAAUCGUAAACCACAAGGACAAAUUAUUUUAGAUGACGUUUGCAGAAUAAAUAGAGCCGAUGGUGCAGCAACUUUUGAAAUUGCAACAGGUAAAAAGACUUAUUAUCUAACGGCAGAUUGUAUUGCAACAAUGGAGGAUUGGAUAAGAGUUUUACAAAAUAUACAAAAACGUAAUGCAACAAAACUCUUAUUAAACGGAGAAGACAAUAAACCCACAAUUCAAGGAUGGCUAACAAAAGUGAAAAAUGGUCAUGCCAAAAAAUGUUGGUGCGUUCUUAUUGGAAAAAUGUUUCUUUAUUUCAAAUGUAUGAAUGAUACGAAUCCUAUUGGUCAAAUAAAUAUGAGAGACGCACGUGUUGAAGAAGUUGAACACGUGUCAGACAGUGACAGCGAGGAAAGAGAUUCUGAAUGUCCUUAUGAGCGUACAAUUGGAAUAUUUCCAACACAUCAAUGUCCAACGUAUUUAUUAAUACCGCAUAAACAAGAUAAAGACAAUUGGCUUUAUCAUUUAACAGUUGUAUCGGGCGGUGGACCAAAUGCGGGAACUCAAUAUGAACAACUAGUACAAAGAUUGAUGGAGACUGAUGGCGAUCCAAGUUGUGUUCUUUGGAGACAUCCUUUACUUUUGCAUACAAAAGAAAACAUCACUAGUCCAUUAACCAGUUUGAAUUCCGAAGCUUUACAAACUGAAGCUAUUAAAUUAUUUAAGGCUUGCCAAUUAUUUAUGUCAGUAGCUGUUGAACAGGCAGGAAUUGAUUAUCACGUGGUACUUGCACAAAAUGCCCUUCAACAAUGUUUAGAUCAACCUGAACUUCAAUCAGAAUUCAUUUGUGCAUUAGUUAAGCAGACAAGUCGUCAUGUCCAGCAACGAUUAGGCGUACAGGUAAAAAAGGCCGCAAGACUAGUGUCGCUGGGUACUGCGCGCGUUCAACUCCUUCUAUGCGCGACGCAAUCUCUCUUCACCUGCGAUACGCAAAACCCCGCGGCAAACGGCGGUGGUGAAAAUGCGGAUGUACUAUCGACGGCUUCCACUUCUCAUAGUCCUCCGCUCACACAGGGACAUUCAACAUCAAAUUCAUUGGACUGCAAAACAAAUCCAGCACAAUAUGUAUUAGUACAAGGAUGGCAACUAUUGGCACUUGCUGUUUCAUUAUUUUUACCCCGAAACAAUCGUCUUCUAUGGUACCUGAAAUUACAUCUUCAAAGAAACGCUGACUCCAAAACUGAAUGUGGCAAAUAUGCGGCGUAUUGUGAAAGAGCUUUGGAAAGAACAUUACAGAAUGGUGGAAGGGAAGUGAAACCCUCGAGGAUGGAAGUUCUUUCAAUUUUAUUGAAAAAUCCCUAUCAUCAUUCAUUGCCACAUGCAAUACCUGUUCAUUUUUUAAAUGGCACCUAUCAAGUUGUCAGUUUCGAUGGAAGUACAACAAUUGAGGAAUUUCUUUCGACUCUUAAUCAAGAAAUUGGUUGUCGCGAUGUACAUCAAUCGGGUUUCACAUUAUUCAGCGAUGAUCCAAUUGAAAAAGAUCUCGAGCAUUUUAUUGAUCUUCAAUCUAAGUUGUGCGAUAUUAUUUCAAAAUGGGAAACAGCAUUAAGGGAAAAGGGAUCGGGUAAAUUUGAAAAUACAAGAGUUAUACAAUUGACGUAUAAAUCAAGAUGUUAUUGGCGGCAUGCGGCAAAAAUGGAGACUGAUCGCGAAAGACUUUUAUUAUGUUAUCAAGUUAAUUUACAAGUUGUACAAGGAAAAUUUCCCCUAAAUCGAGAAUUGGCAUUUGAAUUAGCAGCAUUGAUGGCUCAGAUCGAUUUUGGUGAAUAUAAUACUGAAAAGGUGCGAGGAAGUGGACAAGGGAGCGGUAAUCAUCUUGUUUUGCAAGCAUUAGAUAAGUUUUACCCCAUUAGAUAUCGGUCUAACAUAACUGCUGAUCAUCUCAGAGAAUUGCAAGAAAAAUUGCAAGAAAAAUGGAUUUCUCUUAGAGGACGCAGUACUUUAGAUUGUGUUAGAAUAUAUUUAACGUGUACAAGAAAAUGGCCUUUCUUCGGUGCAACUUUAUAUCAAGGAAAGUUAAAACAAAGUGAACAACUCACAGUGUGGAUUGCUGUUUCUGAGGAUAGUGUGACAUUAUUAGAAAUGCAAACAAUGGCAGUGAGAUGUCGUUAUAAUUAUUCAAAUAUAAUUACUUUCGGAGGAUGUUUAGAUGAUUUUAUGUUAGUCGCAUGUCCAGACGAAGGUGCUGCUGAACAAAAACUUUUGUUUAUUCUCAGUAAACCUAAGAUUUUAGAAAUAACACUCCUGAUUGCUGACUAUAUGAAUGCCUUGGGUCACACAUUGCCUGGAACACCUCAAAUGAAUACUUUGACGAGAAAUGGCUCACAUAGAUCUCUCAAGUCUACAAUAAAACUCCAGACUGGUUCAAGCUGUCUUCCAACACAACCUGAUAUUCUGAAGUCAACUCCAGACCAACAAAGACAUUAAUAAAUUAUUAUUUCAAGUAUCAUUGAUAGUACCUUGGAAGUUUAUAAUAAUUUGUAAACAUUCUGGUUAUAUAAAAGCUUUAAAAAAAUACAUCAUAAUAAUAGGCUUCAAUUCAAAUUGAAGUUAGGACUGAAUGAAGCUAAUUAAAAAAAAAAAAAGAAACUAAAUACGAUGUGAAUGUAUAAUGAACUUGUGCUGUAUGUUUAAACUUAUUCUUGACUUCUGUAUUUAAUUAGACUGUUAAGAAAUGUUUUUGCAAAACAACGAGAAAUACGUUGGGAUUCAUAUUAGAUUAAUGAAUAAGUAAUGAUGAAUUUUUCAACAUUAUUUUAUUUAAAAAAAAAAAAAAAAAAUGCUCCUAUACAGCAUUUUUCUCUGUACAGUUUAAUUUUUAUUGACAAUAAUAAUAAUAAUUUAAGAUUUUGUUAAUUUUGAUUUGAAAAUUUUUAAUCUUUACACUAUUAUUAUUUCUUUACAAUUAUUGUAAAGAAUAUUAUUAAUUAUUAUUUUUUGUUUUUUUAAGAUAAAAUUUCUUUAUUUUACUCUUUUUAAGUUUUACAAUAUAUCAAUUAAGUUUUCUUUGUAUGAAAUGGCAGCUAUUUGCUUUCAAUUAAUAAAUUAAUUUAGUGUAUUUAAAAUUUAUGGAUUUUCUAAAUUUUAAGGGAUUUUUUUUUCAUAUUUAAAAUGAAAAAUUCAUCAUUACUUGUACGUCAAUCCAGGGACUGGCAGCAAAAACAAAGACGUGCGUGUAAGAUAUUUCUACAAAAAAAAAAAAAAAAUAA